GUCGAUUGAUUUGCAUUUGGAUACUGUCGAUUGAUUUGCAUCUUGAUUCUGUCGAUUGAUUUGCAUCUUGGUUUCGCAGGUCGUCAGCCAUCAAGACCCGAGUCCUCCCCACGAGACCGCCGACAUCCCAGCUGCAUCUGCUCCCGAUGGAGCAAGCCAUCGUCGCCGACUCGGCCAAGGCCGCAUACGAGGACCUGCUGCCGUUCCUGGACUUUUCGGUCCUGCGGCUGGAGCUGGUGCCGUCGUAUCAAGAAUCCACUGUGUUCUACCAGUCCUCCCACUACUGCAACCGAUGCUCGCUCUUUACCUUUGACGGCGACUAUGGCGACGAACAGGACAAUGACACCGACUCGCUCCCGGAAUGCACCUGUCGCCAGCGCGAAGGCGCCCUGAACCUCGAGCUCCAGAGCCGAUCCGAUCUGCUCUUCCUCGCCGACCUCGAGACCAUCAAGCGGGCCAAUCAGAUCAUGUCGGUUCAGGUACAGCAGGCCACAGAGCUUGUGCGGGCCGGAGCCUGUCUGAGCAGCCCGGCCGCCCUCGGUAUCGUGCUGGAUGGCAUCGGCUGGCUUGUUGGCAUCACGACGCUGGCCCUCGAGUUUUACUUCAAGAGACUCGGAAACGGAUCAAGCGCAGCCCUCAUCGGCGACGGUAUUCUCAUUGCCGGAUCCGACCCCACGCCCUAUAUCCAAUCUGUGCACUCGGCGUGGCUCGACAGCAGCGGCCACGGAGUCGUUCCGCUGCUCCAGCAUUCGUGGAACUUUGCGAUCAACCAUAUCUUUGGACCGGAGGCGAAUCCUGCCGAUUAUCCGGUCGUCAAAAUUUCGUCGCUGCUGCCGGCCCUUGCGAGCAUCCCGGUGGUCCAGGAGUUCAUGCAUUACACAAACGGCAAUAUCUAAUCCGCCCUCGCUCUCCUGGACGGCUUCAGUCGCGGUCGGGCCUGGGCUGCCUACACUUGUUGCUUAGCGGUCGUUUCCCUUUAUUCAGCACAUGAUAUCACUGGGCAUUCCAUGCGACACUCGGAGUUACCGACUCCAUAUGGCACACCAUACCGAACGGUCUUCGCGGCACCGCCGCCAGUCUCGAUCGUGCCCGAAUGCCACGACACCGAUAUC